AUGCACUGUUAUACCGAGUGCGGUGGAAUUACUUGGAAACUGAUGCAGUUGAGAAGACAAAUGCAGCAGCAACGUGCAGUUGGGACGCCCGGACAAUCUUUGGGACGCUAUGGGCCUCAGCCGGGUUCAACUCCUCAGUCAGCGAUGCGACGACCAGGAGGUCCUCAGAUGCCUUCGCAAGGGCCCCCUAUGCAAUCCAGCCGCGUUUCUCAGCCACUUCGAAAAAAGAAGAGAUAUGCUGAUAAGCUGAUUUCACCACAGGUUCGUGAGUUGGUCCCGGAAUCCCAAGCAUACAUGGACUUGCUGGCGUUCGAACAAAAAUUGGAUGCCACUAUCACGCGUAAGAAACUGGACAUACAGGAAGCAUUGAAGAGGCCUCAGAAGGUCAAGAAGAGGCUUAGAAUCUACAUUUCUCAUACUUUCAUAGCAGGCAAGGAACCGGAAAAGGAAGGUGAUGAAGGCACAGUUCCAAUGUGGGAGCUUCGUGUCGAAGGCAGACUGAUUGAAGACCAGAAUAACGCUGCACAGAACCCAGCACCUGCGCGUCCAAUGCCGAAGCGGAAAUUUAGCUCAUUUUUUAAAAGCUUGGUAAUCGAGCUUGACAAGGAUAUAUAUGGCCCAGACAAUCACUUAGUCGAAUGGCAUCGCACUCCUACCACAAACGAAACAGAUGGUUUCCAGGUGAAACGUCCUGGGGAUCGGCCUGUCAAAUGUACAAUUCUCCUCUUGCUGGAUUAUCAACCUAUGAAGUUUAAAUUACACCCACGUUUGGCUAAGGUUCUUGGCAUUGCUGCUGAAACAAGACCGAAAAUAAUAGAAGCUCUCUGGCAGUACAUCAAGACCCACAAGCUGCAGGAUCCCGUAGACCAUGACACCGUCAACAACGACACCUUCCUGGAACAAGUUUUCAGCUGUAAACGAAUGCGUUUCAUGGAAAUUCCCCAGAGACUGCACCAGCUGUUACAGCAGCCCGAUCCUCUUGUUUUGACGCAUGUGAUCAAGCACAACGAAGGCGGAGCGGAGAAGAAUACGGCGUGUUAUGACAUAGAUGUGGAAGUUGAAGAUCCUCUGAAGCAGCACAUGGCAGCAUUUGUGCAUGCUCAGUCAAACACACAGGAUAUAGCUAAUUUGGAUCAGAAAAUCUAUGACGUUGUUGAUCAGAUAAACGAAUGGAAAACGCGCCGAGACUUCUAUGUGCGCUUCGCUGACCAUCCAUACGAGUUUAUUAGGAAAUGGCUUGUUAGUCAGAGCCAAGAUCUCAAGACUAUGACGGAAGCAAGUGGUGAGGGUGAAGCUGAGCGUCGAGCUGAUCAUUAUUAUAGACCGGAAACACAGGAAGGUGUAUUCAGGUACAUCUAUCAAAAAGUGCAGCAGAAGAGGGCUGAACUCGAGCAGGGUCUUGGUGUUCGGAACAAUUAAUUGCUGCUGCAUGUUGCAUGGAUUCAAUCUUAUCUUGACUUGUAUUCUUGUUUUACUCAUUAAUUUGUAUGAUCAAAGCAGGAAAUAAUUGUCUUUGUUAAUCUAGUAUUGUAAUAAGUUAUGGUGUGUGAUGGUACUUUUUAUGUUCAUUGUGCCGAUCUGUAUUCUACCACAUGGUCUCUUUUGUGCACCGCUGUGCUUUUAUCGUCUCUUUUGAGAUAAAUAUUAGACAAAUGUA